AUGACUGCAAAAAUCCGCUUUCUGGUGACCUCCACGCGCACAACCGCCUUAGGCAUACCAUCGUCGCUUGAGUUGUACGAGGGUGUUUGGCGCCAGCCUGCCGACGUCACAAAGCUAAGCGUCUCUGGCUCCACCUCACAGCCUCCUGACUGGGCGCUUGAAAUGCAGUCGAGGUGUGUGGAGGCUGUGGGCACCUUCUUCUCUUGCUUACUUCCGCUGCUGGGGGUCUUCGUUACUGGGCAAAUUCCCCUUCAGCUCAGACCGAUGAAGUGUAAUAAACGUACCGAUUUUAAUGCGCUCUGCCAGUCAGCCUGCCAUGAUAUUCUCGUCUCGGAGUUUGGUUUUUGUGGUGAAUCGAUUCAGUUCACUGCGCGCCAUUACAAUCUGAAGGAACUGACAAUUUCUCUCGGUAGUAUAUUUAAUCACAAUGCCAGGGAAGAAGAAAGGCAUUGGCGUGAGCGUAGAUCGGAUUUCAAAAGGAGGAGUGACGUUAAGAUAAACUACACCCUGGCAAUUAUUGACGAGGACUACACAAUCCAGUACCUCGUCUUCUUCAAUGACCCUGUGAAGGCUCUAGGGACAACUCGGAGAUGCAUCGAGGGCGGUGACUCACGACCGUGGACUAUUACCAAUAAAAGCAAAAAGUCGAAGUGUGGUGAUGAUGGGACAUCUGUUUCUUCCCUGGACGUGAUGUCGGUCCCUGACGGUGAUUUAACAGCUCUGUAUGAUUAUGACCCUCCUGUAAAUGUACAUUGGUCUGCUAUCGUCGUAAGAAAGGGUGACUCACUGUGGUUGUACGGUCGGAGCUCCACGGGCGAUUGGUUGGAUGUGCUUUGUCGACGCACAGGCGAACGGGGCUGGGUACCAGUAUCAUGUCUCUUCGAUCCGACUUCGUCAAAACCUCUCAUCGCCUCUGGCGCUGCUACUGCCUCCUCCGCCCCCAGUGCUCACGUCUCCUGUCCCAGUCUGAUCGGCGAGCGAUGGUACCACGGCGCUAUUCACCGGAGCUAUGCGGAAUAUCUUCUCAAUAGCGGCAUAACUGGCAGUUUCCUUGUGCGCGAAUCCGAGAGCAGUUUCGGCAAACUCACUCUCAGUCUCCGCUCCGACGGACGCAUCUUCCACUACCGUAUCUCCACGGAUGAGAACAACCAAAUAUUUCCCGGUUUCUUUCUUCCACGCUUCUCAUCUAACAACCGCGGCAGUUCUCUAGUUUAUUACACCUGA